AUGGCCAGGGCCUCCUCUGUUGCUAGUACAAGAAAUCCCCCCCCCCUGUCUGUCCCCCAACCCUCCCCCAAUGCUGCAUCAUCCAAGCCCAAGCCAAGGGCUUCUGGGGGCAAAACACUUUACUGGGAGAGGUAUUCCCACCUUACCAGAGAGCUACUGACUUGGCUAUGGGAAAAUCCAGCAGAUUGUGCCAUCUUAUUCAAUGAGAGGAGAGAUCAGAGUGCCCUGGGGAAUGCAAGGCCCCAUGCCUGUCGCAAAAAAGAGAUCAAUGCUGUUAUCACUCAAGUGAUCUUCUCUAAAGAUCUUGUAUAUGGGGCAGUUUAUGUGACCCAGACUGAGAGGUUUGCUUCAGCAGUUGGUAGCCACCUGGCAAGCUUGAAGGCCAAAUAUCAGCAACAAGCAUCAAGGUUUAAGUCCACUGGUGAAGGCAUCAAUCCUAACAAUCCAGCUUAUUCCAACCUUCUGGAGGAAGUUAUUGCAGAGUUCCCAUUCUGGGAGGAAUGCAAUCACAUGUGGCAUGGGAACCCUACUUAUGAUGCAAGAUUAUUCAAUCCAGCUCCUGGCACAAACUGGACAGGUGACUUUCUUUCCAUCAUGAACCAGGGUGGUACUACUGUAACUGUGACUCCUAGUGGCUCUACUGCAACUGCAACUGUGACUCCUACAGUCACUGAUAUGCAAGUCCAACAACCAACCAACCAGAACAAUCCAAUGGCAGGGGGCAAUCUGGAGGUUGAACCUUUCAGGAGUGAGGGUGCAAGUAUCAAUGACUUUUCUAUGGGUGGGACAGAGCAGGGGGAGGAUGAGGAUGAAGAGGGGGAGAUGUCUCCAUAUGCCAGAUCCCCCCCCUCUGUUAUCUCUACAUCUACAAUGACCUCUGCUGUCAGUGAUGGUGCUAGCUGGUGCCAGGUGGCAAGCUCUGAGACCUCUCAAAUGAAGGGGAAAAACAUGCUUACUCAGCUCAAGGCAGAUUUCAACAAGCAGCUUGGUGAGUUAAAUGGAAAUUCCUUGGAUCAGCAGUGCCAGUUAGCUGCACUCAAGACUGAAUGCAAAGUGAUUAAGACCCAGGCUUAUAUGUGCAACAAGGAGAUAGCUCAUUUGGAAGCAGAGGGUGAGAAGGAGCAUAGGGAAGCUCAGAAGAUCCACAAGCAUUUCAUGGAGAGAAAAAAGUUAGACAUACAAUACCUCAAGGAGGAAGGGGAGAAUCUCCAUCUCAGAGUCCAACUGGCAAUGCUCCAAGCUCAACCAACCUUGUCUUUGGACCCCAAGUCCCAAGUUUUCAAUGGUGCCUCAUCCUCCACCACCACUGCACCAUCUCUUUAUCCCACCUUGCCUUCCACUGCCUUUGAUGAUCUUGUUGCAGGUGCCUGA